GCAGCAGUCGCCGCACUGCCGGCGCUUGGAGUGCACCCAGGCUGCUGCAGGGUGCUGGAGAGGCUCCAGGCAGCAGCCGUGUCAGCGGCACCCAGUGCGCCCCGCUGCACCCGACGCUGCGGGGGCUCGGCCACCGAAGAGGAGGCGGGGUGCCACUGCCCUCGCCGCCCCCCAGACAUGGUGGGGCACCUGCACCUGCAGGGCAUGGAUGACAGCCUCAAGGACAAGAGCCGUGACGGCUUGCUGGACAGUCCCGACUCGGGGCUGCCCCCCAGCCCCAGCCCUCCCUUCUACUCCCUGUCUCCGGGGCUGGCUGGACCGGGCACCGACCAGCUGGGCCAUGGGCACAGGAAGGAGGCUAAGGAAGGCCGAGUGAUCCCCUACCUACUUCUGAACUCCUCCGUGCCAGAGAUGAGGCCUCGAAUGUACCCAGUGUUUUUUGGAGAAAGCAUUGAGGUCAACCCUGAACCCGUACAGGAAAUCAGGUGCAACUCCGAGGUGAAAUACGACUCCGAGAAGCACUACAGGGAUGACAUCUUCUACAGCCCCAUCCCCACCGUCACCACCUACAGCGAGACGGUCAUCGCCGCCCCCAACUGCACCUGGAGGAACUACAAGUCCCAGCUGAACUUCGAGCCCCGGCAGAAGCCUCUGCGGUUCCAGAGCACGACCAUCAUCUUCCCCAAGCGCGCCAAGAACAUUUACCGGACCACCCUCAACUACAGCCUGGGCUGUGCCAAGCGGUGGUUUGCCUCCAGCGUGCAGCUGGAGCUCUACGAGGAAACGAGCCCUUGUGUCAUCUACAGCGAGAGCCUUUAAUCCGCCAGUGGGGAGCUGUGACCGCAGCGAGGCCACGUCCUUCCCUGGGAUCUCCUCGGACAGACAGGCUUGGCUCAGAGCCCUCCCCGAUGGCACUCGAGUACAGGUGGCGAGGGCCGUAUGGUCUCGGACAAGUGCAAACGGCUCUGGGAGGGGGCUUCCACGGGCGCUCUCUCCAUCCUGCCACCCGUGAACAGCUGGCUUUCGUUUUGUGACACUGUUGACGUUCAUGCUCUGGAUUUUUAUUUUCUAUUUUUUUUUUUUUAAGCCUUUCUAUUUUGAAUAGCAUUUAUGUGAAAGCAGAUAAUCGAGGGCCCCUAAUUUACGCAGUUGCCAAAUGUUAUAGUGCUGCUUCCUAGCUCCAUGAGUUUUUCGCUGGCGCCUAGGUGAAACUCGGCAUCGCCGCUUCGGUGCGAUCGGAGAAAAUCAGAGUUGCCCUCCAGCCUUCACAGUUGUCUCCCAGCUGCUUCUCUAAGAGCUCAAACCCGGGGGAGGUUGUCAUUGCUUUGAUAGGUCGGCAUAAAACAUCCAUCCUGUUCUAAACCCCUUUCUGGAUAACGGCUGCAAUACUGUAUCACUGCAAUGACCUUGACUUUAACUUAUUUCUUCCUUAUUUUUAUUUUUAAUUAUUGUAAGAAAAGGAGAGACGAUCAUGGAAACGUGGCAUCCACCUUCCUAGCUGGGAAAAGUGCCAAACUCCCAUCUGAGGCCCUUCCUAGGAGUCUGAUGUUUACAUGUCAUAACAAAAUACUGUAUAAUAGGCUUGCAGAGAGCUCUCUCUGCGGGGAGAUUUGCAUCCUAGGGCGGACACCGCCCAAGGGAUAGGGUGAAAAGCUCAUUUUACAGGAAUAAAAGACACACAGGGAGAAAAGACCUCUCUAAAGAUUAUCCAAAUCUUACAUUAGGGUGGUUUAUGACAAUCAUGUUACAUAGGUGUAGGAGCAAGGACAGUUCCUUUAGGACCAAACACGAUGUUUUGUUGUGCGAGACAAUAAAGACGAUAGGAGGAGCCGCACUCUUACACUAGGAAGUGCAGGGUUUCCAAGCUAAAGCUUGGCGAUGCGAUAGAUGUUUCCCAAAGGCAAUGGGGCUGUUCCCCCAGUCAGCUUGCUGACUCUGGUAGCAGUAUGCCAGGACCAUAAGUCACACAAGGACUUCCCCUCCCUCUCUCCACCUCCCUGUCCCCGUCCACUCUUGUCCAAGUUGAUGGUUUACCCUUUGGGUGAAUUGGUUGGCUACAGCUGCAUUAAAUGCCAGGAUGUGCAACAUUAACAAAUCACGGACUUGCCAGUACCCGCUUGAAGCCCCCAACCCAACCAGCCCCUGUAGCACGCAGGAUCUUUGAGAGCAGUUGCUAGCAGAUGCCAUAAUUGCAUUUGACAGCAUCUCCUUGUCACCACGGCCCUGGGGCAAGCGCUAUUCAACUGCACGGAUGUAACUCUGCUGAAACCACACACACACCCAUACACAGACACACACACACACACACACAGAGCCUCCUUCACGAGGGAUGGAUUUGAUCCCUUCAGUGUUUAUUUUCGAUGGGGUAAAGCUAGGGAUGCUAGAUAAGUUGACGUAGGUAUUUUCGUUCGAAGACAAGCUGGAGAGAGACCACUUUCCCUUGCGUCUGACAACCUGCUUCAUGACUUGAAUUGAUGUUCACGUUGAAAGGGAGCUAGCAAAGAGUAGCAGCCCUUGGGGCUACCGUGUUGUAUAACAAGGCUCUCUUCCCCGCUGUGCUAUUGUGAAUACCGUACAUGCCUUCCCCAUGGCAGCUCUCCUGCGGCGAUCUAGUAUUAGCUGCUUUAGUUUCCCUAGGGAGAUGACAGAUGACAGGGGGGCAGGGACCCUGUGCACGAAAGGAAUUAAGAAAAUCGUGCACACCGCUGUGACCCAGGAUCCUCCACAUCACCACCCUCAACACCUCCUCAAUGCACGUUCAAGGAUAAAGCUCCAUGAAUAGACAGCCUGAAAGAUGGUAUCAAUGCAGAUGGGCAAGAAAGCCGUAGACGAUCCCAAAGCGGUUGCUGCUGUCUGAACACGGGCCGAUACAGCUGGGAUUUUCAAAGGAGCCCAAAGGAACAAGAUGGCUAACUCACUAUAUUUCAGAGAGAUUUAGACACCGAGAGCAAGAUUUUCAAAAUGCACCUCAAAUCCCAUUUUUCAGAAGCAACUUAGGUCCAGACAAUCAAAGGUAUUUAGAAGCCUCAUUCUGAUUGAUUCCAAUCCCCAAAGGUAUCUGAAUGCUUGAGACUUAGGCACCUCGAUUCCUUGGAAAAUCUGGGCCUUGGGAACUUCUGUCUGCAAGUGAGACUGCUUUAAACAACUGCACGUAUGUCCUUGCUAUAGGGGUAACCUGGGUGUCUGGCACCUAGGUUAGUCUAGCACGCGUGUGGGCAGCCAUGGCAGGGUUAGGGACAACCCAUGUGUCCAAACAGCCCAAGCAAACUCUGUUGUGGAGAUGCAUGUUUUAAGUUUUGCAGGAGCUUCCAAACAAGAGAUGGAGGGACAAGUUGACUUAAUGGAUCAGAUGCUGUAGGCCUCGUGAUCUGAAGGGGAACCUGAAAGUCUUUGGAGUCUUGGUCCCUGCGGUGACUGGAAGUCGACUCCUUCCUCCCUACUGAAGGUAGCAGCCAGAUCUACCUAGCCCCUACAAGGCUGCACACAUUUGGACAACUGCCCUGCUUCCCCUUGCUGGUCUUAGGCUGUAAUAGUGCGGUGCAAGGGGAGCAAGGAGCUGCAUUUCAGUCUUCUCUCCUCUUGGUUUCGAGGGACAGCACCGGGGCGUAGGAGAACAAACAGGAUGGGAGUCUCUCUCAACAAGCUGACCCCGCAGAGCCAUGGCUUUGCUUCUAGGACUCCUGCCAGGUGGUCGUAACACAAGUCACACUUCGCUGCAGCUGUGAACAUAAAACUCUGUCCCCAUCAUGGGAUUAAGCCGUUGCACAGGGCACCCAGGCUCUACUGGGUCACAGCCAGCCUGCCUGGGCUUCCUCCUUUUACUUUAUAAGAGAUCUGCUUUGCAACAUAAAUAUGGGGAAGAUAUGGGUGGGAGGGCCUGGGAAGUCACCUAGUCCAACCAGCAAGUGCCAAAUCAACCAUCACGUUUGGCCCUGCACCUGGGUUGCUACCCACUUGUGUCAGUCUCAUAGUUAGAAUGGGGCAGGCUCCUGGGAGCGUUAAUGUUGGGGAAGGAAAGGCACCUUUCCCACCUCUACUGUGCACCCUUCACAACCCCGGUGCCCCCAGCCAGCACCUUGCAGGGCCUGUGCUCCCAAAAGUGGGAGGAAAAGGUGAGGCUGGCUUGCGUGGAAGGGGAAUGCACAUUGCAUGGUCUCCGUGGGUGGUUAAGUGGAUGCACGCCUCUCCCACCUCCUCUCCUGGAGCAUCCCCAUGGCAUUAUCCCCUCCCCUCAGGCACAGAGGCUCCUGGAGCUCCUGGCUGGGUGGUGCAGCUCACCUUGCUGGGCCAGGCAUCGCCCCUCAGGUAUUUAAGAGCACACAGGUCAUGGUUCAUGGGACCGUCCCAGGGAACCAGCCCACCGUGCGGUCUCCUUGCCCUUGCAGAACUCAUUCAAAACCAGGCUUAGGCCUGUCCUGAAUGCAGUUUUCAUUCUGUUUGUCCAAAGCCCAGGCAGGAUCCUCGUCUCAUCAAGGCCCCUGUGAGCCCACACCUGUCGGGCACAAGAGACCCGCAGCAGUAACACACCCCUGAGUUUCAUUGUCCUUCCAGUCCCACCAGCUGAGCUGUUUGCUGUGCAAACACUGAAACCUGCAUUCAGAAGAGAGAGCCUAUUUGAAAGAACUGACUGCACAUGCCCUUGCUUGGAGCUCCAGGGAUUUUCACUACUUAGCUUUUUCUUAAAAAUGUGCUGAGAUGGUUUCUCACCUGGCAAACCUUGUGCCAAGCAGCAUUUGCCUGGGUCCUGCGUGCUGGCGGCUGCAGAACGGUUUGCCUUGCUCAGGUUGACAGCAGAUGGCUCAGAAUUUCAAUUGCAAUUAGACUGGAGGGGGUGACUGAGCAUGCCAGGGAGACUGCACCAUGAAGCCAGCAUCGCUGGGUGCCAAGAGACCCGAAAAAGAAAAUAUGCAGAGUCUCAACUACAGUGCAUUUGAAUGACGAGGCUGCAACAUCAGAGACGAGAUGAACUGGAAGUGAUCCUACAGGUUGGCACAAGUGGAUCUAAAAGUCAAAAGCAAGAACUAUAUAUUGCCAAGUGCCUUAUAAUUGUAGAGGGGUAUUUUAAAUACCUUCCCGCACUUUCUGCCUCCCUGGAUGAGAUGCCUUGCUUCUUUGAAACCUGGCACUGGGAUGGGAGGUUUCCCCUGCAAGAUUAGACACCCUCUGUCUUCUA